CGCCCCGCGGUCGGGCGGGCCACUGUGGACGCCGACGCGGCAGCCCGCAGCAUGGAUUCGGACUCCGGCGAGCAGAGCGAGGGCGAGCCGGUGACCGCCGCAGGUCCUGAUGCUUUUAGUUCAAAGAGCCUUGCCCUUCAAGCCCAGAAGAAAAUUCUGAGCAAAAUAGCCAGCAAAACUGUAGCCAACAUGUUGAUUGAUGACACCAGCAGUGAGAUCUUUGAUGAGCUCUACAGAGUCACCAAAGAGCACACCCACAAUAAGAAGGAAGCCCACAAGAUCAUGAAAGACUUAAUCAAGGUGGCGAUCAAGAUUGGGAUUCUUUAUCGGAACAACCAGUUUAGCCAGGAGGAGGUUGUUAUUGUGGAGAAGUUCAGAAAGAAGCUGAACCAGACGGCCAUGACCAUUGUUAGCUUCUAUGAGGUAGAGUACACCUUCGAUAGAAAUGUGCUCUCUAAGCUCCUCCAUGAGUGCAAGGACCUGGUGCAUGAACUGGUGCAGCGACACCUGACGCCCAGGACCCAUGGGCGCAUCAACCAUGUCUUCAACCACUUUGCUGAUGUAGGGUUCCUCUCCACCCUCUACAGUCUGGAUGGAGACUGUAGGCCCAACCUCAAGAGGAUUUGUGAAGGAAUAAAUAAAUUGCUCGAUGAGAAAGUCCUCUGAAGGCCUUUGCCCCUCCUAGACCUCGCUGUGUUCAAGUCACAGCACCCAGCGUGGUCCGGGUGAGAAUCAAGAAAAGAAACUCUUGUUGAAAAUGCCCCAUAUUCUCCCCUACUCAUUCUUCUGGUGUUGCUGCUGUAUUGAGCUCAGAUGUGUUUAUCCUCUGAGCUCACUGACAAGGUCUGUACUUAAAGUAACUUUUGUUUGCAAGCCCAAAGGACAUCUUAUGUAUCUGAAGCCUAAAGUCUGCUCUAGUGGCCAAGGUGAGCUCAGUUCAUAGUAGAGCAGAGGAGCUCUGGAUCAGGGGUCAGAGUAUAAGGGUGUGUUUCCCAGCUCCACCACUAACAAUUCUGUCUUCUGAAUCACAGAACCGCCAUGCCUGCUGCCCCACUCUCCAGGGCUACUGAUUGAUCUAAUGAGAUGGUGUAUGUUCACAUUUUGAAAACUCUAGUAUUAAAACUCUUUAUUAUUCUUCCUUUGGAGUGUGGGAGGUGUCAACCUGGAUCUAGACUGUUAAGCAGCAGAGAAGAAAAGAACAAUAGUAGCUAAUGGGCUGGGUUUGCAAUCUGUCUUUCAAUGUGCUGUUUCAAAAAAGAUAGUGACAACUUCAAAGGUAUAAAGCUGCAAAUUUGAAAAUUUACAGAGCUUGCUUUUCAGGUCUUAGAUGUGCAGUUUAUGAUCUUGCAGAGAGAAACUUCCCAAGGGGUUUGGGGUAAGAGAGAAUGUUGCCACCCAAAACCCAGAUGCUGGAACUCUUCAGGACCACCUCCCCCAUCUCAGGGGCACCGCUGCGAGGCACAAAGAGGGUUUAUUCCAGCAUGCUUGAGAGAGUCAAGCAGAAUGUGUGAAUUCCUAUCUGUCUUUCUUGACUUCAUGGUCAUUCUGUGCUGUUUUCUCUGGUUCGUUAAUAAAUACCCUUCAAACGA